ACAGUCGGCCAGCAGUAACGUUACAACUUGUUAGCAGAGGGAUUAAAGGGACUUUGUUAGCCCAUGUUAGCUAUAUUCGUGGGACAGCGGCUGCGUGAAUUAAAUCAUGAGGAUGAUUCAGCCGGAUGAAAGUGGCUCCGGUCCCAUUGGUUUGUCUGGACUCCGGUGGACACCAUCUGGGUACUUAAGGAGGGGAAACAGAUCACUUUGCACUCCUUGGGGUCAGCAGACAACAUCCACUGGCUCCGACUUAAACGAAAAUCUUUAUUACUAAGAUAUAUUCUUGACACACUUCAUCUACUUUUGCAGUCAUGGAGGACAUCGUCUGGAAGGACACCAAUACCCUUUGAUAGGAGUUUGCAACAAUAUAAAUUCAUCUUGUGCGGAGACUUUGUCUCUGCGGACCUUCUAAAUGCCUUUCAUUGAGAAAGGGCUUCGGACAUUCAGUGUUGUGAAUGUGUACAAGCAACAAAUUACUUGAUCAAGAUGGGUAAUAAACAAACGAUAUUUACCGACGAGCAGCUUGAUGCUUAUCAGGAUUGCACGUUUUUUACUCGUAAAGAAAUUCUGCGGCUGCAUGGCAGAUACCAUGAGCUGGCUCCACAUCUUGUACCAAUGGACUACACCAAUGAACCUGAUUGUAAAGUCCCAUUAGCCUUAAUAGUGAACAUGCCAGAAUUAAAGGAAAAUCCAUUCCGCAACAGGAUCGUGGAGUCAUUCUCAGAGGACGGGAUGGGAAAUCUUAGCUUCAAUGAGUUUGUGGACAUGUUUUCAGUCCUGAGUGAAAUGGCUCCUAGAGAACUCAAGGCCAUAUAUGCCUUUAAAAUAUACGAUUUCAAUGUGGACAAUUACCUGUGCAAAGAGGACCUGGAAAAGACUCUGAAUAAGCUGACAAAGGAGGAGCUGACUCCUGAAGAAGUUGAGCUGGUGUGUGAGAAAACCAUUGAGGAGGCAGAUUUGGACGGAGACCACAAACUUUCUUUUGCUGACUUUGAAAAUAUGAUAUCCAGGGCCCCGGAUUUUUUAAGUACCUUUCAUAUAAGAAUCUGAGAGGGUUGGAUGGACAGUUUCUAAGUUGGCUGGACCUCAAGACUUUACCUGAGCCAUGUCCGGCUCACAGCACAGUGGUUGUCUGUCACUCUCCAUCGUUCCUCUCUGACCUUUACUUCAAUUGGAACUUGAGAAGAUGGAUUCUGAUGAUAGGAAAUUUUCUAAACCCUGUAAUUGUUUUGAAACCAUGAAAAUGCAGCAUAUCAAAUGUUUGAAUUUGAUGCUAAAAACAAGAAGAAGAGAUAAAAAAAAAAUGAAAAGCUGACUAAGACAAAAAAAAUAAUCACAGCUACCAAGUAUCAUAGUUAAAUAGUAAUGUGACCGUGUAUAAUGAAAAAGAGCAACUCGGAGAAAUGCAUUAGCUAUUAAUUGUACUACAUAAUCUAAUUAAAAGUUCAGAGAAGAUGUUGUCUUCUCAAAGAGAUCUCUCUCUAUGCAAGGACAAAACUAAAAACCGAUACUGAAUGGCACACUGUAUUAAAACCAGACAUAAUUCAGCAGUGAACAUCAUUGCUUGGUCUCAGGAACACUUUCAAAACCAUUAUCAGUGAAACUACAUUGCACAUGAUUCCCUGUGAAGUCUUUCUGCAGUGGCACCUCCAGAGACAUUCAGUAUUUGCUACAGAUAAAACUUGAAGCACAGCAGCAGGAUUAAGGGAUAUUCUAUAGCUAUGCAAUAAAUUAAGUAUUUAUGUUGUUAUUGUGCUCAUACUUUGCUUGAAUAUAAUGACAGUCAUGUUGUACUGUUCUCCAGUUAGAUGAAGGGCUUUGUCAUCCAAACUUUUUGUGGCAGCUUUCAUCAUCUGCCAUUUACACAAGAUGUCAGUUACUGCCAUGUUUUGGAUAUGUCUU